AUGCGUCUUGUAGUGGACACCGAUGCCGGCGCUGAUGAUGCGGUGGCCAUUCUCAUGGCCCUUCAUGCCUUUUCUAAUGAUGAUCAAGUGGUAGGCAUCACUACCGUGUUUGGAAAUGUAGACGUGCAUCAAGCAAAUCACAAUGUUGCACACAUUCUCAAGGCCGCAGGACGGUCAAAUAUUCCCGUCUUUAGUGGAGCGUCCAAGGCGAUCGUUGCUAGCGUUUCCGAGGAAAAGUGGGAGGGGCAUGGCAUGGACGGUCUUGGUGGUGAAUCCGGCAAGGUCGAGGCUUCACUAACCACUGCACGACGAAACGAAGCUGUUCAUGCGCUUAUUGACUUGGCCCACAAACACAGCGGUGAGUUGGUGAUCGCGGCAGUGGGACCACUCACAAACAUUGCACUGGCAAUUCUGCUGGACCCAAACUUCAUGUCGAAUGUGAAGCAGCUUGUCGUUAUGGGUGGACUGUCCCGCAAUGAGAGAAACCACACGCCUCAUGCCGAGUUCAAUGUGGGUUGCGAUCCUGAGGCCACGAACAUCGUCUACCAACAUUGCACUGCCCGAACGCUGUACGUCGUGCCAUUCGAGACGUGCUUGGACAACUCGAUUCCGUGGGAUACCUUCGACCACAUUUUCCAUGAGAAAGCAAGUGCUAGUGGCGCGUACGUGAAGAAGAUCUGGAAGUUUGCACGGACCUUGUCCGAACAUGAAGGUUUCUACCCCUGUGAUGCCUACGCCAUCGCCAUCCUUCUGCAUCCAGAGUACAUCAAGACCGCGUCUGCGGUGAGAGGUCACAUCCACUUGGCUCCAGACGAGAAGCGCGGGGCAAGCAUUUGGGAUGAAAAUUGCCCUCCAGAAAAAGCCAACGUGACGCUUGUGACGGAAAUCGACACCUGUGUCUUUGUAGACUUGCUACAUCACCUGGCAGCCUAG